CAGAAGACGACAGAUGGAUUAUCUGACAUGCGCCUGGAUUGACCAACGUUCCUAUUUAAGUCUUGAAUCCUGUUUUUCCUCCUCAGAGUAAAAUCUGAAAAUGCUUUCCAGCACAUGUGGAUUCUAGCAGCUUUCGAACAGGUAGACGGAUCGGUGCAUAAUUUUUUAUUUCACUGGAACUAAAGAUUUUUGCCGGAUUUUUGGCAAACUUUGCGCUUGGAUAUCAAGAAACUGUAUAUUUUUUGGAUUUUUUUUCUUCUUUUUUUUCCCCUGAAAUUGAGCAACUGCCUGGGAAUACAAGGGCCAACACUGGAGCAGCCAAGACUAAUUGUUAAAAUUUCACAAACAAUUUAGAAAGAAUUAGAAAACACAAGGAGAGUGGAAAAAGAGACUUGGACUGCACACUUUCUGAUAAUCAGCCUAAAAGCCUUUCAACGGUGAAGAAAAGGAACUCGGUGGAUAUCAGCUCGAAGAGACUUGCAGAACAGUUAUUAAAUCCUUCAGGGGGAGAUUUAAGAAUUUCACUCACACACUGAGUAAUUUGGACUCUGCAGAGGGACCAUCUCACCCAGUCUGGACUGUGGAGGGCUCCCCUCCCUGCCCUCCCAGUCUAUCCUCGACCCCAGCAGCAUGUCCCAGGCUCUGAGGCUGCCUCUAGUCCUCCUCACAGCACACUACCAUGACCAGAUGGGCUGCUGGAGGGAGUAAGGCUGCCUCUGCCUCGUCCUGCUCCAGGCCUGGGUUAGGGUCCUGUUUUGGCUCUGGGGUUAACUCCAGACUGCUUAACCCCCUGUCUCUCCCUGUACUGGUCACCCUGGUGGUUUUCUCCCUGUCCUUACCCGAGGCUUCCGGCCACCAGCUCCGCAGAGACAGACUGAGGCUCGCCAACCCGCGAACUCUCAGGGUGCCACAGAACAUUUCAGAGACUGAAGUGAUCUCUGAACCCAGGGCCACCGGAGGCCCCGCAGGUCGGACCAGGGUAGCGCAGGGGAGGCAUGUGCGCAGCUACAACCACCUACAAGGGGACAUACGGAGGAGGAAGCUGUUCUCUUUCCAGAAGUUUUUCCUGAGGAUUGAUAAGAAUGGAAAUGUCAAUGGAACCAAGAGCAAGGAUGACCCUCUAAGUAUUCUGGAAAUCACAUCAGUGGAUGUGGGAGUGGUGGCCAUCAAAGGCCUGAACAGCAACUACUAUCUGGCUAUCAGCAGGAAGGGAGAGCUGUACGGAGCGAGAGAGUUUGGCGUCGACUGCACCCUGAAGGAGCGGAUUGAAGAGAACGGCUACAACACAUACGCAUCGGCCGAAUGGAGGAACAAGAAGCGUCAGAUGUUUGUGGGUCUUAACGUCCACGGGAAGCCGAUGAGGGGAAAGAAAACCCGCAGGAAGAACAUGGCAACACACUUCCUCCCAAUCAUGGUAUGAACUGGAGAACUCACCUAGUUGAGGGAGAAUACGUAGCACUGGACAGAGAGGUUUUCAUUGCUGAGAAGCUGUAAAACAAAAGACUCUAAUUGAGAAAUCUCUCAUUUGGAAAAAGGGAACCAACACUGUCACACAAAGAAGCGGUCUCUGCUCCUGACUUUAACUGAGAUCAUGCAUUUUUAUUUGUUGGGAGCAGGUAAUAUCUGUGUUUUCAGGGGUGCAGAAUGCAACGUUUAUUUUUUUCUGUGCCAAACAGUCUGCAGCUGGAGUAUGUGUGUAAUGUGGACAACACAGAAGAUACUGUCCUAGCUAAUGAACUGUAGUGGAUGCAGAAGUAUCUUAAGACGUUAUUUAUAAUCCAUAUUCUCCGGUGAGACACAUUAAAGAGGAGGGUCAGUCAGUUUAUCAUGACAGCAUUAAAUAAUAGAGAAUACAACACAUUUUAAACAACUGUUUGAUACUUAACCACUGUGUUUUGACUGAAUUUUAAUGAUUUAUUUAUUUUGUGAAAUAUUUAACUGGAGGGGAACACAAGCAAAGCUUUGCGUUAUUUACUUUUUAUAGGAAUGCUAUUAUGUGAAAAUAAAUUUUCUCCUCUACAA